CAUGAUCAAUCUACUGUACCAUUUCGUGUGAGAAGAGGCGCAUCAAUCCCGACGAUCAUGAUCGAGUCGCCGCCCUUUCAAUCCACAUAACACUUUCGCAGUCUUCAUUACGAGCCAUCUAUACGCCUGAACACGAAACUCCUUUCUUUCUUUCACAAACUGAAAAUGGUUCGCCUCCUUUUGUCGAUCAAGGCAGAGCUCGAGAACGUCACCGAUCUCACUCCUGCCUCGGAUGAUUUCCAAUUUUUCUUCCAGGUUAAGUGUAACAGCUGCAAUGAAGUCCAUCCCAAAUUUGUUUCACUAAAUCGUCUGGAAGAGCGCGAUGUUUCAGGUGGGAAAGGAAGCACGGCACAUUUUGUAUGGAAAUGUUCUUCUUGCAAACGCGAAAGCUCCGCCAAGUUCGAGCCAAAAUCACCAGUUCAGCCAUACUCAGCGGACGCUAACGGCCAAUUUGCGCCUUUCCUGACCCUCGAUUGCCGUGGGCUGGAGUUUGUUGGAUUUGACCCUAGGGGUGUAUGGAAAUGUGUCGGCUUCGAGUCUGGAACUGUCUUUCCCGAGGUAGACCUCGAAGAAGGCGAAUGGUUUGACUACGACGAGAAGGCCGCAGUGCCCGUUGGCAUAUCAAAUAUUGAGAGUCAGUGGACUCGUGCUUGACACCCAGCAGUUCAGGGAAACGUCACGCGAAGUUGUAUCUGUAGUCUCGAGGGCAGAAGCCUCAUACUGCAUGCGUUCGUGAAAACGGAAACUAAGAUAAAUGUCCAGGAUAUCUGCAGACAAAAUGCGGUCGAGUUAUGGAGAAGUGAGAUGGAGCUGUAUAGAUACAUUAUAUACCGCCCGCGAUUUUCAGCCCUCUCACUGCGACGGUCCUUGCUCUGCAUUCACAGGGUGGGUAUUCUUCUGACGUCCCUCCCGAAGCUCCGUCCUAUCUCGGAUCUUCUCGUUCGGCGCAACGAUUCUUUGCUUAGCACCAUGUGCUGCAUCUGCGAUUCCUUCUUUGCCUUCCUUCAUAACGGCGGCUUUUUUCUUCUUGAACUUCGCGAUAUGUUCCAUUCUGAGAUGAACAUUAGGAUCCACUAUACUCAUAUCCAACAUGUCCACCCCUCGCUCAUCCAGCACCCUUAUAAACUGUCUGAAAUGCUACAGGAGCAAUAUCGCAAUUUGUUAAUUAGGAAUAAACUGAAAUAGCUUCACGUACCUGAAUUGAUGUCCUCAAAAUAUUGUUACGGGUCGUUCAAGGUACAUACAGCGAGGAACUCACCUGUAAUGUCCAGAUAAAGGUGAUAGUGUAUGGACCAAUCCGUUUUUCACAGAUAUGAGACCAGCUGAAGUGACCAACCCGCCUCCUAGAAAAGACGAGUGUUGGAAUGUUCCCG